CGUAAUUAAACCGCCAUUUUAAUUACCACCGAUCAGCAAGGAAGUACCCGCAGUCUCCGAUAAGGAACCGUGACUAAUUGUCUGGAGCUAUCGUAUGCGGGCUGUUCUUACGGAGAAAUAUUGAUCGCACCACCUGUUCGGUCGCGCACCUGCCACCACGCGCACUUUCAUACCACCACUCGCCCGAACAACACCACUGACCACUACGUCACGCCGGCCGCGCCGAUCGAUACCGCUGAAUCACCAUGCAUAUCACAUCAGGUCUAUCCCCGGCUUCUGGAGAGAUGCUUGAUCUCUACAGCGAUCAUGCGGUUCCAGAAUCAUCGCACACAGUGGAAAUCGAAUAUGUAUACGAGCAGCCAGAUAUGUACGCGUCAGACCUGCCGAGGAAGAGACCGAAGCGGAUAAGAGAAGAGCCGGAGACAGAUUUGACGAAUUUGAACUGGUUGCAGAAUAUAACGAACAUUAUGGCAAUACCACAAUGUCCUGUAUCACCGGUGACCGCACCGAAAUCCCAGAGCACGCGGCUGGAGAAGUUCAACCAGACGAUAACGAAGUGCCAAGAUGAUUUUAUGGCGAAUAGGGAUGAUUACAAGAAUAACAGUGAGAAGAAACCGCCGUACUCCUACAGUACAUUGAUAUGUAUGGCGAUGCGUUAUAAUAACGAUAAAAUGACGUUGUCAGCGAUUUAUUCAUGGAUUCGUGAUAACUUCAAGUAUUAUAGGAACGCCGAUCCUACUUGGCAGAACUCCAUCCGCCACAACCUGUCCCUAAACAAAGUGUUUGUGAAGGAAGCAAGGUCCAAACAAGAGCCUGGAAAGGGUGGAUUUUGGAAACUCGACCUCGCACAUCUGGAAGGCACCAAGCGUAUCUCCAACCGACCUCACAAGAAGAAAAAACUUGAGAAAGACUCAAAAAAUGAAGACAAAGUAGCUGUGGCAAACAUACCUCAAAUGGAUAGUCAGUUACUUGACAUUCACGAUAUUGACCAAGCGGUGACUUUGCACCUGCCAGACUUGAGUUUGCCAAUUUCCAUGGAUCUAGAGACGAGUAUUGGAGCAAAUGUCAUAGUGGAACCGGCGAUACCACCUCCUUUGAUCCCUGAUGAUGACCUGUCAUCGUUACUCUUAAAUCCAACCGAUUGGGGCGACUUGCAACUUGAUAUGUUUGAUAACUACUUGGAUCCGUGUUUCAAGUAAGGUAAUUUAUUUAUUGUCAAAGGAAGUCGAACCAUAUUC